UAACUCGGCCCCAAACAAGCCUGCUCGCGUUUUCUUCUCCACUCUCACUCUCUCUCUCUGCUAUUCUUCGCUAAUUAAAUUACACCCACCUAUAAUCUUGAUGGAGGAAGUUUCCGUUUCCGGCAACAACAAGAGGUGCCGUGAGGAGUCGUUGGAAUCGGAGGCGAAGCGCCUCCGCGCCGACUUCCUUCUCGAUAUCCUCGACGACGACGAGGAGGAUGGGGACGCCGGCGACCGGUAUCCGGCCACCCAGGACCUGGCGUCCGUCAUGAGGAGCCUCGAGGAGGAGAUUUCCCUCCCACUUCCUCCUCCUCCUCCUCCUCUUCCUUCUCCUCCGGUGCCGGCGGGACCGGCGUCGGACCUGAGCGAUCCUCCGCGCCUGGCCGAACUCGGUUAUCUUCUUGCGGCGUCGGACGACGAGCUUGGCCUCCCGCCGGCUGCCCCGUCAUCGUCGUCGUCGUCGUCGUCGUCUUCGCCGCCGCCGGAGGCGGCGGAGGACGCCGGGUUGGGUCAGAUCUGGAGUUUUGAUGACGAGAUUUCGGGGUGCUACGAUGGAGUUGGAUUCGGGAUCCGGCCGGAGGAGGAGUUGCAGGACGGCUUGGUCUUCGACGACGGUCUCUUCGAUUAUGCCGACGAAUUGUUCUGUGCGCCCUCUGAUUGCUCGUGGCGAGCGGAAUCGAUGCCUGCCGUCUGAUGUGCCUUUCCGUGGUCUCUUGCUUUUAGUUUUUUUUUUACAUUUUCCCCAUAGAAGACCGUGUAAAUUUUAGGUAAGAAAGAGUAGGGGAACGAGAGAAACAAAAAGAACUCGUGGAAAAGACUUGGCAUCUCCUACAAUUUCCCUUUCGUUUUCUUUUAACUUUGUGUUUGAAUGCAAGUCUAGAAUAAACCAAGGGAAGUAGACUCGAUGAAAUAUCUAGUCUAGAAUUAAGUUAAUAUGUUUGUUGCGAGAAAAGUGGAACGAGAUCACGUGACGGGCUGUCCAGAUUUUGGCUUGUCCGGGGCCCUCUUUUAAAAAAAGAAAACGAUUCCUUUUCCCAGAAAAAGAAAACAUCCGAAGAAAAGCGUAUUUUGCGGAAUAAUGGAUUCCCUCUGGAAAACUAGAUCUUAAAUUGAGACAUCAACAAGAGGAAAACUUGAUCUCUGUAA